GCGAUCGAUCGUGUGCUGGUCACCUUUGACUUCGACAAGACGAUCAUUGAGGAGGACUCGUAUGUGGCGCUUUUUCGCCUGCUGUCACCCCAGCACCAGCACACGGAGCACCUUCAGACGCUAAUCGACGGCAGCCGAUGGCUAGAGUAUUUAGAACAUUUGCUCCGGCUGCUGCAGAGGGAGCAGCAUUUGUCGUCUAUACAGAUCGCUCAAUCUAUACGGAAAUUGAAGCCGAUGCCAGGAAUCUUGCAUCUGCUGCGUCGCCUGGAACAAUGUGAGACCGUGGAUCUGUGCAUCUUGAGCGAUGCGAAUAGCUUCUUCAUCAAGGAGUGGCUAGCAGCGCACGGCUUGGAGUGCAGCUUCCGAGCAGGCAUCUAUACAAACCCGGCCUGCGUGAUGCCCGAGAGUCAGCAUCUAGUCGUGGUGCCAUACGAGCACCAAACGCACUGCGACUACUGUCCGGAGAACCUAUGUAAAGGUGGCGUCAUGGACAUGCUCAUUGGGUCUCAAAGCAAUGGCGACAAGCCAUACGGUAGCUUAAUUUACGUCGGCGACAGUUGCAACGAUCUGUGUGCUAUACGUCGUUUGAGUACGGCGGAUACUGCGUGCAUACGGUGCGGCGAAGAGCUGCAUGCGAAGCUUCCGGCGUAUCGCAAAGAGCUCAACUGCCAGAUGAUUCAUUGGUGGGAUGGCCAUGACCUGGAGCACCAGCUGGCCAAGCACCGGCAUUUGCAUUGGUAAAUGGAGAGAAAUUCUUGUUGUUUACUUACAGAUUCGCUACUACUGGAGCCGCUGCUGCUGCUGCUGCUUGCGCUGGCAUAGCAGAGGCUGCUGGGUUUGGCCGGAU